CUUACCAUUAGCCGGGUCCAAAUUUGAGUUUACGUGACGGUUGGGAGGCCGGGGGGCGAGUGGGGAAUGGACGGCCCUGCUUUCCAUACCUUGUGGUGUUGUGUUGUUGUGGAGAUGAUCGAUUUCGGACCGUGCGUUCCAAGUUCAAUGUUGAAGUACACCGCCACCUUACCUCGCCGUCGCUCGCAAGCGGCCCUCGCCCAUAGCCGCGCCGAUACAAUCGACGGUUAAACCUCCAUAAUAAUAGUGUGUGGCCGAGCCGCGAGAGAGACACACGAGUUGCGCCACGUGCACCGCACUCAUUCAUUCACCGUUUUUCAUUUUCUCACACCCUGAAAAUGCAGCCCGAUCUGCUCACAACAAUGGUGUCCGAUCGGCGAUCCUCCCUCUCACGCGCGGUAUCGCUGACAAUGAAAAAAACAACCCCGAACCGAUCACCUGCACCACCGGCGCACGGCUUUAGAGCUAAACCCCCCGGGACCGAGGAUGAAUCUGCCGAUAGGUGUGUUUGAAGAACCGGGUUGUAGUACGGAUUUAAGCACGAACUCUGUGUUUGCACUGUCUGUGAGAGGUGUUUUGUUUGACUUUCGUUAGCUCAAUUCCCCGGAACAACACGGCAACAACCUACUUCUUCGGUUGGAAAAUUCCAUCCCCCGUCACAGCCAAAACAAACCCAAGCCAAGGGACAUCCUUGUGAAAGGUCGUCCCCUAUUUUCGGGGGGGAGUGUCUCGAGUGGCGUCACCUUCGGGUGCCAGGUGAUGGAAUUGAAUCAAUACUUGCAACAGGAGUACCACCAUCACCACCACCACCACCGGUUGACAAAUUUUCCAAUGCAUCACAAUGGGGUCCAUUUUGUUUUUGUUUGCUGUAAACUCUCUGUGUUUAGUUACUGGCGGUGGGAGAGGGGGUGCGGUUUGGUGGUGAGGUUCUGAUCCCCCUUUCUUUACCAUUCUUCUGCACUGUGUUUACUCACAUGCUGCUGGUGCUCCAUGGCACAGGUUCUUUUCCACGAUGGCCAAACACCCUAGCAACCGUUCAGUCAGUCACCCACCUCGGAAGCUGCUGCAGUUGGUGCAGGUCCACCACGCUGGAUAACAGAUAACGCAGACUGACGUGUACCCCCUGCGGACGGUCAGAGUGUAAAGUCACAUAGUUACGGCACCGGGGACAGCUACACGCAAAAAUUCGCGAACAUUCGCGACCGUCCGACGAUGCGUGCCAUGUUGCCGAGCUUUCGGAACCGAUUUUUCGCCAAACCAGAGCAUAAAGCGUGUGCCGCCAACAUCAUCUCGCUGUCGCUGGGUACGGCGAUCGGGUGGUUGUCCCCGUUUCUGCCCCUGCUCAUCUCGGCCGACUCGCCGCUCGAGCAGGGCCCGGUGACGGACAUUCAGGCGACCUGGAUCGCGUCCCUGCUGUGCAUCGGUGCCUUCGGUGGCACGUUCCUGUUUGGCUGGAGUGCGGAAAAGUUUGGCCGGAAGGUGUCGCUGCUCGCGACGGCCGUACCGCUGGUCGGGUUCUGGGGUUGCGUUGCGUUCGGCACCACGGUGGAGGUGCUGUACGUGGCGCGGCUAUUGGCGGGACUCGGUGCGGCGGGCGUCUUUCUACUGGUGCCCAUGUACAUCACGGAGAUCGCCGAGGAUAGGAUACGCGGAACGCUCGGGUCGCUGUUCAUUCUCUUCCUCAACAUUGGCACGCUGUUGUCGUUCGUGAUGGGCAGCUACCUGUCCUACCACCUGACGGCCUACAUCCUAUUCUCGCUACCGAUCGUGUUUAUUGCGCUCUUCGUACAGUUCCCGGAAACACCACAAUAUCUGAUCCGUAGCAACCGUGUCCGGGAUGCGGAAAGCUCACUGAAGUACCUGCGAGGAUACACGUCCACACCGGACCAUCUGGAGAUGUUGCGAUCGGAGAUGGACGCUCUGCUGGUGCAGGUGUCCGGCGAGAAGGACAGUACGGAGCAGCACAGCAUUUCUUUGGCCGACUUUGCACCCCAGUCCGCACGGAAAGCGCUGCUGAUCGGGCUGGUGUUGGUGUCGCUGAAUCAACUUUCCGGCUGCUUCGCGCUGAUCAACUACACCGCACAAAUCUUUGCCGAUUCCGGAUCCGAUCUCGAUCCCAACAUGGCCGCCAUCGUGGUAGGCGCUAUUCAGAUUAUCGGUUCGUACGGAUCGACCAUCAUCGUUGAUCGUUGCCAGCGGAAGCACGUGUACAUUGCGACGAGUUUCUUCGCUGCGAUCGGUCUGUUUACGAUGGGGACGCACGGUUACUUGAAGAGCCAGCACGUGGACGUGAGUGCCAUCAACUGGAUACCGGUGGCCAGCCUUUCGUUCGUCAUAUUCAUCGCAUCCGUCGGUCUGCUGCCACUCACCUUUGUCAUUCUGUCCGAGAUACUGCCACCGAAGGUUCGUGGUCUCGGAGGAUCCCUCUGCACGGCAUUCCUGUGGACAAUCAGCUUCCUGGUGGUGAAGUACUUCCCGGUGGCGGUCGAGCUGAUCGGGCUGCAUGGCUGCAUGUGGGUGUUCAGUGCCGUCUGCCUUUCGGCCGGCCUCUUCAACGCGAUCUUCAUACCGGAAACACGGGGCCGCAGCAUAGAACAGAUCAUACACGCAAUGGAGAACAAUAUUAAGAGUUAAAGGAUCGCGAGUCAGCGAGUACACGUUUGGUGUGGCAUUGGGACCAUGGCAAACGUGGUGUAAAUAGUAAUUACAAGCUCCCAGAAAGGUUAUUAUUUAUAGUAAGUGCCGUGCAAUGUACAUAGUUAGCUAAAGCAUUUGUUAGGUGAGUUUUACACACAGCAAACACAGGACAGAGUGAGACAAAGGGCAGAGCGAAAAGACACAUUGAAAGAUUGUCCGUCCCAUCAUCAUCAUCAUCGCGAGCGGCGGGAACUCUUUUAUUUAGCGAUCUUAUAAUAAUAAACACAGGAAUCGAUCCGCUGAAAAA